AUGUCUAGAGGCAGUGGUUACUCUGCAGUCCAGAUCGCGACAGCUACCAAAGUGCUACUGGCAAUCUUCUACGAAGACGAAACUCUAUUGUCGCUGUAUAAGUGCGCCAUUGAAAACCAGGCUAUUGGACCGGCAAGGCUGCAGAGGAAUCUCCGACGACUGUUCCGAGCAUACGCGGGUCUCUUGGAAGGCGAAGCUACAGAAAGACUCGAGUAUCUAGCAUCGCGGCUUGUGCUCAUCAAGUCGGCUAUGCUAGCACAGUCCAUCGUUGAGAAGUUGCAAAAUGGCCGAGCAGCCUUGCCACUAUCUCGAAAAGAACGCAAUGAAGAGAGUUCCGACGAGGAAGAAGAUGUUGCGGAUGUACGCCCGGUAAAUGAAGACGCCUUCGAGGAUUUGGCCAUCUUCCGCGAGUUCUUAGUGGAGAGCGAAGCUUUCAAGACAUUUCGUGUUCAACUGCAAGCAUUCAUAGUACCAAAAUCGACACAUUUGACGCACCUGGAGUCCGCGAGAAGUGGAGACAUAGCGAACGCGGCGAUAACAGAGGCCCAAGAGAUGACCUCGACCUGGCAAAAUUGGCGCAACGACUCCGAGAAAAGCACUGGUGGCUUUUUUGGGGGCGCAUAUGGGAAAAUAGCUGCGAGCAGUGUGUUGCUUCGUAUGACCGAUGCAUUCAUGUCAGCGACAGAUGACGUUAUGAUUGCCGCAGGUCUACUGGAACCGCCUCUGAGACCAGACACGGUGCGCCUUCGAUGGCAAUGCGCAUGCGGCGAAUCUCUUCACAGCGACGUUGCGGAGCUUCGCAGAGGAGGCAUCGACGAACUCGUUGGCCACAUGCGACGUACCUCCGGUGCCAAAGUGCGCGUUUCGGCUCAUAGCCAUCAGUCUGGAAACCAGCGAUACAUUGCACCGCAUCCCAUACAGUGGAUCCGAAAGGCCGUCACAUCGAAUUUUGGUGGCUCCACAAUGAGAUCUUCGUCGUGCCUUCCCCAGCACAACACACCGUGCACUGCUACCAGUACUAGCAACAACCCACAGCCCCAACAAAGCAUUCUUCAUCUACUGGCUUGCAUGCAUCGCAAUCGGCUCCGAAAGGUUUUGCAGCAGGAACGGAUCGAAGAUGUGACUACCGAUCGCGCAUUACUGUGCUUCUUGCGAAAGCAAUACCUCCGUCACCGUGGUCGCUUUCUCCACAUACUCUCGCUGAAGAGCGUCAAAGGCAUCUCCUUCGUCAAAUUCCGCCUUCCGAUCGGUGGCAGUGUUGAUGUGCGACACCACGACCCGUGUUGCGUCACCAACAACACAGGGCAAGUCAGUUGCGAGUGUAUACCUCCUCCCCCGAAAGUUGAGCCUUCACCAGGAGCAGAGUAUCGCUGCAUCCCCGGCCCGCCAGCCACAUACCCACCAAUACCACCAGUCUAUCUUGCAAGCUUAUUCACAUGUCCGACAGACGUCCACGAGAAAGACACCUGGAUACUAGAUCAGCUCCCGAAGCGUACAUGUGGUGAGCUGCGAGGUCAGGUCGGGCAGCCUGCUGAGGGAUGGGGUAUUUACUACGAUGAGGGCUUGGACCGCGAUACGCUUGCGCUGACCGUCCUCAUGGUGUUCCUCGUCGCGAGUCUGCUUUUUGGUGUUCUUUGGUCGCGGUUUCAGUAUGAUGUUCAAGGAGCGUUUGGCGUCAGCGCGUAUAUGGUGGCAUGUUGUGCGGUACUGCUUCCUGUCAUCGUCACGCGGUUGGAAAACAAGGGAUAA